AUGAUGUGCUACAAUCCAACUUGCGGUGGGGUGCCACCAACGUUCUACGAAACGUAUGUGAGGCAGAUACAGGACACCAUCGUCGAAAAUGCUCGCAACGAGUUUCGAGCAAUCUGGAUUUGUAAUCAACGUGGCAUCUCCAAAGUACAGGCGACAAAGCUGAUUUCCAGUCACGCCCUCACAAUCGCAGGAUGCCAUCAUGGAGCAGUUUGCAAGUAUGUGCAGCUCCGAACGAGAGAGGCUUGUCAGACAAGUAUUGGAACUUGCAGUACCUCCUGUGAUGCUACAACAUCUUGGUGUGGAUGGUAUUUUACAGCGCGUGCCCAAAAACUACGUGGCGGCUGUCGUAGGCGCAUGGGUGGCAUCUCGUUUUGUGUACAGUCAAGGAGUUGA